UUCCGCAGAUUUGGAACUGCUGUGCGUUCGGUCUCCACAAUUUGAAAUAAGUUGACCUUUCUUGCUGUAAUUCUUUCCAAAAGAAUUAGACGGAUUUAGUUGUAAUUGACGUUUGCCGUUUUAUGUGGAAUUCCACAAUCGAGAAACGAGAUAAUGUCCGCACCAUGGCUGGAAGUACGAAAUUUGUACACAAAGUACGUCAAAUGGGUCUCGAGCAAUCCUUCGUCUCUCGGAGAUGUGGAAAUGACCAUCAAAUGGUUGUCGUAUUUUAUAGCCGGUAGAAUCAACAACUCUUCGGCCGUCUCCGAACUCGUUUAUUCGUUGUCAAAUUUGUUGGUGUUUUACAACGACAGAAUAAUUGAAAAGGCGAGUGGAGUUGCUCAGUGGUCGGAUUCGUCACCGGUGGCAAGUUGGAUUAAGAUUGCCUUGACAACGUUGGAAUACUGCGAGGUUUUUAUUGAAUUGUCGGCGUAUAAAAUCUGGGGUCCCAGUGGACGAUGGUUUUUCAUUAUUGUCGUGCAGACGUUCAAGUGCAUUGGUCGACUGAUCCUUACGUUGUGUUGUCAGAACAAUAACAUUGUCAAAAACCCGCCCAUCCCAGUGUUGAACAGGAAAACUAUCAACGAACCACGACCGGGAAACGUUUCCUUCCACGAUCUGAGUCAGACUGUUCGACUGAAGCGGUCCGGCCGGGUAUUACGGAAGGUAGACGGAGCUCCACCGGCAGUUGCCCGCGCAUGGAAGCCUCUAAAGCAUGUGAUUGACUCGUAUCCUAUUCAAUGCAGUGGCCGGUUCGUUCGUACGGCCGAGUUGAUAUACAUACUGAAACCACUCGUACAUCUUGCCUGCGUACGAAAGUAUGGUUUGAAGAGUUGGAAGUCAUAUCUGGUUCCAAUGGCUAUCGAUCUAGCGAGCCUUCGUAUUUACUACAUGAAUCGCGAGGACCUCUCUACAGAACAAAAACAGGAGCUGUCUCGUCGAUGCGUAUCAAUGUUGUUGUAUUUGAUGCGAUCGCCUUUUUAUGAUAAAUUCAGCAAAGAUAAAAUUGCUGCUUUGCUGAAUAAAGUCGGCAACAACAUUCCAUUGACGGGAGUACUUACCAAACUGGUUCUCUCUUACAUUCCACAUUGGCAGGAGACCUAUUUCUAUAUGUGGUCUACGUAACCAAAUAAUUCUUCGUAUGACAUUGUAACAUAAAUCAUUAUUUAACGUAAAGCACAGUUGGUGUGCAUUAUCUUGCAGGGACGUUUGUGUGUGCGGGUACGGCGAUAUUUUAUUUACCCUAGAUGGGGGGAUUGAGUAAAAAAAACCUUAAUGGAAAAAUGAAAUGCGGGAGUGUAUUGCGAAGGCCGAAAUCAUGAUGUAUUUCAGUUUGCUGUAGACUGAAUGGUACACAUCGUGAUUGAAUCUAAUCAAUUGAGUCUAAUUCAGUGUAUAUCUUAAUGUGACGGUGGUGUUCUUUUUGGGUUCCACGCUUGUAGUAAUGCUCGUGCUAACGUAGCUGAAUAGAGGCUACUGCCCGUAGCGAAGAACUUUGUUAAGAUGUCAUUAAUUGAACAAAUUGAUCGUUUGACAGAGUGCUGUGUGUGAGUCCACAGAUUUAGAACCACUGUUCAUUCAUCUUGAUUUGAAUCAAAUGGGAGAAAGGUUGCCCAUGAAUAUUUAUGUUCAAUCCUCAUACAUUUAUAGUUUUCAUUCCCUCGUAGAUUUUUAAUCAGGGCUCAUUGUUGAAAUUUUGGGACGAAUAUAACAUUUUUACUGAAAACCAACUAUUUGAUUAUUUAUCACAUUUCCCAUAUGCAAAUCAUAUUCCAUGUCAAAGGUCGUGGUAUCCGAGGCUUACGAAGUGCAUCCAGAUGUCAUCGGCCGGUUGACGACCGAGAGACGAUUCAAACUUUCAGCACAGAAGAGCGGCCAUAUGGUAAUAUGGAUGUCACAGACAUAUGUACAUGGAUGUCACAGACAUCAGGAUCCCACUUCCAGGAUCCAACUGUACAAUGAAUAGAUUCUUCGUCGAAAAACAUUAAAGAUCCUCUGAGAGUUGGUCGACCACAAACUUAGCUUCCUCCGCAAUUUCGAAGAAGUUAAGAAGAUCUGUGCCACCCUGUUCAACCUUCUGAAAACUACUUCCAAAUCGUAUCGGAUCAAUAACAGGAAGAUUCGGUUACGGGCGGCCAAAGUUAUCAUCAGCAGCUGUCUCACCUAUGGCCUCCAGCUAACGUGUUGGGCCGGAGACAAGGUCCCGAAAACUCUGUCUGUAUAUGUAUAACAAGGGGCUACGGACUAUCUAUGGCCUCUUGUCAUGAACACCAGCUGCCUCUGUCUGCGUUGAAAUUGGGGAACCCUCUUUCGACCUAAUCAUCGACUUUGACAUUGUAUCUAGGACUGCCAGUUCUUUGUCGAAAAGCAGCGAUAGGGGGGGGGGGACCCACCUGACUGCCCUUAGCAACACGAUUCUGCAGCGGGUGAUGCAUUCCAACUUUCCCCCGGUGGCAAAACAACCCUGGUUUGGUGUGAACGAUUGAAGGUUCCCAACGGAUACCGUUCUCCACCCCAACUUCCGAGCCGGGGUGAGCUCGUCCGGUCUGCCAAAACAUUUUCAGGGUCACUAUAGCAAAAAAAAAAAAUACCGUCUCCACGAAAGAGGAAUUUGAUUUUUGAUUCAUCCCCUUAAAGUCAGAAAACACCUUACUCACAUGAAAAAAUAAAUUUAUCCAGAUUCUCUCAGGAGGUGAUAGACGAUCAUAUUUGAUGAAAAAAAAUCCUUCUACGCAUAUGUUCGAAUUUCAACAAUGACAGAGUUAUGGAACUUUUUUUUUGUUUCGGACUCUGUUGCCUCAAACUGUCUCUACACUACAAAGUACUACGGAAGUCGAUUCUGUUGCUUUCAUUUGAAAGAUGAAAAUUUAGACAGGAUGUAGUAGUGGAACAUCUAAAUUAGUGGAUUUUAAUAACCUUUUGGAGCUUGAGCUUGGGUAGACUGUACAAUUCGUAGUUGCUCUCCUUGAUUGACCUGAAUCAACCAAAUUGCACAAAGAACACACAGAAUGACGCUUGGGAUUAGCAAAUCAUUCUCGUUGUGAGAUUUCCGGUGAUUCGAGCUUUAAAUGGUCAAUAACGACGCUGGCCACGUCCUUACAGUCACCAGGGGAAGAGAAGGAAUGUUAGUAUGGUAUUCGCCGCCCGAAGGCCAGAAGGGUCGCCUUUAUAGCGUGGUUCCCUAGCAUUUAUCAUGGAAGCGAUAGUUGUCAGUGGGAAUGGUUAAGAAAAAUCAGGAUUCACUUCGGUAAAUGAUGUGAUUAUGUAAAUGCGAACAAUUGACUUCUCGACAAAAAAAAAAUCCGAAAAUCUCAUGUGUUACAAUACGCGGCAGAGAUUAUCUUUAGGUGUCCUGAGAAGGAAAAUCUGUAAAAUUAAUACAUUUUAUAUAAUAUAUUGUAUUCAUAUAUUCUAGUAUUCAUCGCAUGUACUUUUCAUCGAAAUUCAACCGCGUUGGCGGAGAUUCAAUAGUGGGAAACCUAAGAAGGUAACCGAGAAAACUCCUCCAAGGCCAACCGAUCCGGUGAUAUGUUCCGUUAUUCAUCACACCUACUCUGAGCCUGAUCACGAACAUCACCUCACGGUGAAAGCAAAAUGAAGUGUAUAUAACCUUGCAUACAAAUCAUCUCGCCCUCACUGCGAAGUAUCACAUUUCAAUCGCGACGACGGAGGAUAACACCUUUAGGCGGCGGUGACACUGGAUGCAGAGAAGUGAUCGUACGAAUUGUAUGCAAUAGUGAAAGUAAACAACCACAUUGAGUUGUAUUGGUGUGGUUACAUUGCUUCCCCCUUGCUUCGUUCGAAUUCGUCUGUUUCUAUCGAACAAAAUUGUUUGUUUCUAUUCGUACAAUCAAAUUUUCGUGCGUACUCCUAUCAAAAGUAACCUUAGCCUUAUAGUAAAACGAACAGAUGAAAUAUUUGAAGGUUCUUCAAGGCGCAAAUUUAAAAACUAUUUUGAAGAAAUUUCACGAUAUGCAAUUUACUAUUUACGGAUUAAGUGCGCUACACAUACAACGUCCCGUCACUGUAAAGUCAACGUAAAGGAAUGAAAUGUCAAAUAUUCUCCCAUGGAAAUCGUAUGGUAGCAUUUACAUACACAAUCACCGACAACUUUGACGUCAGCAAAAUAAGUCCAAGAGAAUAGUUGAUGGGAUGCGAGAUGAAGAAUAGAAGGUGGGAAGAUUCACGAGUUUUGGUUGUGUUAAACUUUGAUUGUAUUAGUAGCCUGGAAGAUUGGAAGUUCACAUAUCAGGCAUACCAGUCAGUUAAACAAAUGUUACAACGUUGAGUGUGUCAGCGAAUAAAUUUGAAAGAGGAUAUAUAGAAACUAAUUACAUAUUUCCAAAAUAUAUGUUUCGCAUUAUAAAAAAAAACAGAACAUGUCACAAACUAAAAUGUUUAUUUUUUUCUUUGCUUUCUUCUUAUAUCAGAAAUAGUAUUCUAAUGUCUACUACGUUUGGAUUUUAGAGCAACUUCAUGGAAGUUUUUCUCUUGUCAGCAAUUGUAAUUACUUUUUUCACAAUUAGAGUGUUGAACACUUCAUUCGUCUAAAACUAAGACACAAGCGGAAAACUUUUCGUCUCAAUCUAGUUCAUAAGGAGUCAAUUUAAUUUAUUUUUCAAGUGAAUUUUACAUGAAAAAACUUGCAACAUUUUUUCCCAUCCACUGUUGAAGGUUUCUCCGUUAAAAGAACAAAAGAUGUGACUCUGACUUUGUUUAUUUACGUUUUUGGUCGGCGAACGAGAAGAAAAAUUGAAUUGAAAUUAUGUUUAGAAUACCUCAAUAAUACUGAAAUUUCAGUUUCUGCUAAAUUGCCAGUUGGGCUUUUAUGAUUUUGAACGCUAACAUUGUUUUUAAGAAAAAAAAAUUGUUCGUUCAUUUCAUCUGCUUAUUUUUACUUGUAAUAACAACACUUUUCCUAUGUAGUGGACUAUUAUAAGAAAAGUAACAUGCAUAAACAAAAUCUGUGACGUCACAGAUUUAAAAAUCUUCCCACCUUUCAUUUUCCAUCUCGGAUGGGAUGGUGACAGUGACGCUGUAUGUGUAGCGUACUUUAUUCUUCACUAUUGACGAUUAACGUUUUGCUACUUGCGGAAUACAAUAAACGAUAAUUGAAUAUCACUUGCGAUUUUAGUUUUUUAGGUUUUAGAUGAAUAUCUCACUAUUUUGAAUGUGGAUAAAUAUUAUUGUACUAAUAUAAAAAUUUAAAAAAAUACAUUGAAAAUAAUAAGCCUAAAACUAAUUAUCAUGUUAUACACGAUCCCAUCACUUGCGAUAAUAUCAUUACUACAACACUGCACACUCUUCAUUAGGUUGAAACUAAGAUAAGAUCAGACAAUAGGGGGUCUUUUACGGACCCAAUUUCUGUCAGUCGUUCUGAUUUCUGAUUGGCUGAUUUCGAUAAAUUUUGUAAACAAAGCCGAUUUUUUCAGUGUUGCCAAUAAAAAUAAAUAGCGUUGGAUUUGUAUUGAAAUUAGAAAUGGUGAAUUUAAUGAAUAUUACGAUAUUUAGUUUAAAGUAAAUGUGAAAGAAUUAUAUGCUAGUUUAUGUAUGUGUUUUUCCUCAAUAUAUAGUUUCCAUUGCUAAGAGGAAAUGGAAAGUCUCAUCAUUCACUAUGCAGAUGGGAGAGUUGUUAGCUCUAGCUCGUAAAUAUGAAAAAAGAGAUGGUUGAUACCAUCCAGGUUGUGUUUUGCUGACUAACAAUUGUUACACUGCUGACAUGUACUUUCCCGCUGACUUAUUUUGAUGAUGUAAAGAGCUAUAUAGAACAACGAAUUUUGUUCUGUUCUGUCGAGGAAAGUUUUCGCUUCAUCGAUGGUGUACUCAUAGUCGAAUUCAAUAUUCAUGUCAUCCACAUUAUCACUAAAAUUAGAUGAAGCUGAAAUUCGAUAUGAUGUCGAUGCUGCUUCACUGUCCAUCAAUUUCUGGGCUGAACAUUCUUCUCACCGCUUUGAUAGCAAGUUCAUCAAUCCAACAAGAUGUUCUUGUGUAUCGGCUGUAUGCGAAGCAUUCGGUACUACGGUCAUGUAUUGCGAAAGAGUCACGAUUUUCAAGUUGUUUCUGAAUUGGAAAUGGAGUUGAGCGCCGUUGUUGUGCACGAAUCAACGAGAAAAGAUUCUCCAGACAAUCUUGGAAGAGUUGUUAUGGAUGUCAUUAUUAUAUUAUAGACAUGGGUAUUUAAAAGACUUAUUUUAUCCUUUAUCCUUUUUGAGAUUGCCUUACUGAAAAUAUGCAAAUUCAUUAAAUUCGCACCAACCAAAUACGAAAUUUUAUAAUAUUUGGCAACUCUGGCAUCUUCAUAUCAUGGCUUCGUUUUUGUACGACGAAGAAGAGUAAGGAGCCAGUUGUCUCAUCUUGUCUUAGGGUUGAAAUCAAGAAACACAAACACAUAUGGAAUAUAAGUUAAUCGGGUGUGGUUUCUGAUCGCCUCAUUUAUUUCACCAUCGCGAUCCUCAUUGCGACCAGCGACUAAAAUAUAUUUUUAUUUCACAUAUGGAUUUUUAAAUAUGGUGAUAAAAUCACUGAAGGAAUCAAAUACAAUUCGAGCGCUCUUCUAGCAGUCACCGACAAUUUUCUGCACCUCACUCACAGACUCGCACUUAUAGCGGGCAUCGUUAAAUGACACGACCGAACGUGGACAUUUUCAAAAUGAGAGAACUCAAUUAAAAUUUACUGAUACACUAUAAUAUUCUAGAAAUUUCGCCACCACAGAACUGUAUAUUUUCAAAUACACACAACUGCGUACACAAAUUGCACUUUGUAAAAUGGACGGAGCAAAAACAUGUCUAUUCAUGUUCAGUGUCUCGUCAACAAAAUAAAAGUGAUCACCAAGUGGAUAACUAAAUCCAUUCUACUUCCUCCAGUUGAUUCAUUUGGAACUUCUAAUGCACUUUAUCCUAUCACUAAAAAACUUUGUACUUGUUAGCCAGUAAAGCACAAUUAUUGAAAAAUAGAACAGAGCGUGAACGGACACGUCUGCCUUCCACCGCAGCUAAACUCGAACUACAGGAUUUAAAUAACAUUUUGGAAGUGAAAAACUUAAAAGUUAAUUAUUUUAAUGUGUUAUUAUUAAUUUCAUCCUAAAAAUUUAUAUUAAACUAGAUUGUGUCUAUCAAUUAAAUUGAAGCUCCCUAACCGCUCUACAAUUUGUUCUCUGACACUCAACUUCUAUCUUUCUUAAUUUGGUUGCAAUAUCGAUAUAAACAAUUCCUGGUGAAAAUUCAAGCAAAAUCUUCAAAAAUCACAAUUCUUACCCCACUGUACAUGUAAUAGCCACUUAAAUUACACCUUAACGUUGAAAGGUUACAUUUCUUCUUGAAAUAAGUCAUUUUUGAAAUAUAAAAAAAAUAUUUUUUUCCAAACUGUAUUAUAAUCGGGUCCAAAAUUGUUUAUAAUCGAAUCACAUAUAAUCAAGUCUGCAUAUGAUCGAGUCCGUCCUGUAUACGGACGGCUCAAAAUGACCAUCAGGAGUUGGAUUUGGGGUAACCGACAGUAAUAACAGACUGAUUCCUAGCAAAAAAGUGGCGGAAAUCUGUCAGAUUUUCUCGGCAGAGGAGGCCGGUAUUUUAGAGGCAACCACAAACUCGUCCUCCAAGCCGCUGCUGCAAGUGCGGCAAGUGCCAUUGAUGCCAUCGGUGCGGCUAGGUCCAAACACCCAUGGGUACAGGCUGUCAGGAAGUGCCUAUUGCCCGACACUGUGUUCAUGUGGGAUCCCGGACACAGUGGCAUCGCAGGGAAUGAAGCGGUCGACCGAUUUGCCGGUAUCGGUCACACCCUUUUUUCACUCGGGAGGUGCCGCUUGACGACAUGAAGUAGUGGAUCACCAACUCUUUUCGCACCUUUUGGUCUGAAAGGUGGCACGCAGAGAGAGAGAGAGAGAGAGAGCAGUUCCUCAGAAAGGUUGAGGGCUCGAUUGCAGGGUUCGAGGACGUAAAAAUGAUGCGAUAACAACGAAUCCUGUCCAGACUGAGGACCGAUCAUUGCUCGGUCUCGGUCUCGGUUUUGUUCAAUUAUUAAAUGUUUGAAUGUGUUCUUUUCUCGUUGUUAUUUCAAGGUCAAAUGUAUGCAGUAAUUUGAUGUUAAUGUUUUUUUGUAUAUUUAAUGAAAGUUGUUGUACCUUGCGGCAAUGUCUGCUGCCAUCACUACAGAGGCGAACCAGCCAAGCAGACUGAAAGCCUCUCAAAUAAAUAAUAGAAAAAAAUGCUCAUGAAGUUCGAUUGCGUGGUUAUGGACGACGAAACCUACGUCAAAACAGUCUUCAAAAAGCUUCCUGGGUACGAGUUUUAUACGGCAACCGGAAAAGGGAAAGGUGGCAGAAAUUUUUAAGCCUGUGAAUCUGUCGCUGAAAAUAUCUGGUUUAGGAGGCUGUACCUAUAGCUUGUUAAGCAACAUUUUUAUUGCAACCGAGAUACUCAACUUUAAAAUUUACGUUGUUACCGUUUAGAAAUUAGUUCUUCAAUUAAUGUAGUUAGAUAUAGAAUUAAAUAAAUUAGAGUAUAGGAAAUUUCAAAUGAACUAGGAUUUAAGUUAGCUAUAAAUAUAAUUACACACACAUAUACUCACACCGAACACAUAAACCUGUUGUCGGGCGAAAACGCCAUAAAAGCCGUGGAUUGCGCAAUAGAUAUUUGAUAAGCGACAUCCGAAAAAGGGAACGAUGGGAAAAGGAAAGCACUACUGGGUCUACAAUAAAAGCUCUUUAUCCAAGGCACAACAAAAGCUAUUAAAGUGAUCCCGAUUAUAGAAAUUCAAAUAAAACAUUUGAAAACUGCAGUUCGACCUGAAAGGACGGAAGGAUCAGGACCCAAUAUUUUUGCCCUGAAUUCAGAUUCCCCGGAGCGAAACGAUUUUGAGGAAGAUUGCUGCCGUCCACGAAGCUCUGCAGCAACGAGCAACUUGAGUUACCAACCCUAUAGUAACUCUUCGAGCUACGGCAAAGCUCGCGGCGCCCAGGUUUCGCUCGACAACAUCC